GAAUGACAAUAUCUUGUGACCUUGAUAGAUAUAUUUCUUUAUGUAUCUAAGUUGAUUAUGAGGGAUUAACGUGGCUACUUCCUGAACGGUUUUCUACUUCUGAGAUAGGACCAGAAGCAGUAACUACGGUUUUAGGCAUAAUCACUGCCAAUGUUUUCAAAACCGGACCGGUUAUUGAACCGUUUUUAGUGUAAAAGCAAAAACCGAAUUUAAUUUUUAAUAAUCAAGCCAAUCUCUUUUAAUGACCAGCGCCAUGUCAUUGCGCCGGCGAACCUUGCUCAAGGUCAUCGUCCUCGGCGACAGUGGGGUGGGCAAGACGUCGUUGAUGAAUCAGUAUCCUCGACAAUUUUUUUUAUUGUUUUUUGUUAUUUACGUUUUAGAUUUCAAGCGAUCCUUUGGAAUUGUUGAAAUGAUUAGUAUUGUGGGUGAUGUUCUUUUUGAAAUUCUGAUUUUUCUGUUUUUGGGUAUUGAAUCUUGAUCUGGGUGUGCUGCUUCAUUGUUUUUGUUGUUAAUCUUCACUUGGUAGAUGCCAAUUUUGCUAGAAUUAAAUUGGGUUGGAUGUACUUAAUUUUUUUUUUCUCCCAUUUUGGACUGUUGUUAGAUGUAGACGUUUACUUUUUCCCUAGAUAUGUUCACAAGAAGUUUAGUCAGCAGUAUAAAGCUACGAUUGGUGCCGAUUUUGUCACUAAGGAACUCCAGAUUGAUGACCGGCUGGUCACUCAACAAAUAUGGGACACAGCUGGGCAGGAACGAUUUCAGAGCCUUGGGGUUGCAUUUUACAGGGGGGCAGAUUGCUGUGUGCUAGUUUAUGAUGUCAAUGUGAUGAGGUCGUUUGAUACUCUUGAUAACUGGCAUGAGGAGUUUCUUAAACAGGCAAAUCCAGCUGACCCCAGAACAUUUCCUUUUAUAUUGCUGGGCAACAAGAUUGAUAUAGAUGGUGGAAAUAGUCGAGUGGUUUCUGAGAAGAAAGCAAAAGAUUGGUGUGCUUCAAAAGGCAACAUACCUUAUUUUGAAACAUCAGCAAAAGAAGAUUACAAUGUUGAUGCUGCAUUUCUGUGUAUUGCCAAAACAGCUCUAGCAAAUGAGCAUGAGCAGGACAUGUAAGUUCACCAUGAGGACCUAUCCUUUCCUGGUUUGAGUGCGUUUGGAAAAUAUUUACCACUGUUUCAAUGCAAUAUCAUAGGCAGAGAGAUGGGUUUUCCAGGCCUGGUUGAUUCCUAAGAUGACCAUAUUCUAUUAGGUUUUACCUGCAGAACAGUGAACCUUAGUCUGUUUGGGGUUAUUUCUAUAGUUAAGAAGUGUAAAGUUGCCAUUGAAUAGUUAAGUGCUUUGUUAGCAGAUCAUUUGGAUUUCUGUAUUGUUUUUACCAUAGAGCUAUAAACUUUUAGUUUGUUU